AUGGCUGCACAUGAAGAAUUUAUUAGGAAGCAGGUGUUUGGUACUGUGUUCGAAAUUACCAACAGAUACACGGACCUGAAUCCCGUGGGUAUGGGGGCAUUUGGUCUGGUGUGCUCCGCCACCGAUACGUUGGCCAAUCAGUCCGUGGCGAUCAAAAAGAUCAUGAAACCAUUUUCCACAGCCGUUUUAGCAAAGAGAACGUAUAGAGAGCUGAAGCUUUUAAAACAUUUGAGACAUGAAAAUUUGAUCUGUUUGCAGGACAUUUUCCUGUCGCCCCUGGAAGAUAUUUAUUUCGUCACGGAGCUACAAGGUACAGAUCUCCACCGACUUUUACAGACAAGACCGCUGGAGAAGCAGUUCAUUCAAUAUUUCCUUUACCAAAUCUUGAGAGGCUUGAAAUAUGUCCAUUCAGCUGGAGUUAUUCACAGGGAUUUAAAACCAAGUAAUAUUCUGAUAAACGAGAACUGUGACCUAAAAAUCUGUGAUUUUGGUUUAGCCAGAAUUCAGGAUCCGCAAAUGACCGGUUACGUAUCUACAAGGUAUUACAGGGCACCAGAAAUCAUGUUGACUUGGCAGAAAUAUGACGUUGAAGUUGAUAUUUGGUCAGCUGGUUGUAUAUUCUCUGAAAUGAUUGAAGGGAAACCUUUAUUCCCAGGUAAAGAUCAUGUUCAUCAAUUUUCGAUUAUUACCGAUCUGCUGGGUUCGCCACCAGCGGAUGUAAUAAAUACAAUUUGCUCUGAAAAUACAUUGAAAUUCGUCACCUCGUUACCUCAUAGAGAUCCCGUACCUUUUGGAGAAAGAUUCAAAACAGUUGAACCAGACGCUGUUGAUUUACUGGAAAAAAUGCUUGUAUUUGAUCCAAGAAAAAGAAUUACUGCUGCAGAAGCCUUGGUUCAUCCUUAUCUAGCUCCCUAUCAUGAUCCAACCGAUGAACCGGUUGCAGAUGCAAAGUUUGAUUGGAAUUUUAAUGACGCUGAUUUACCCGUUGACACAUGGCGUGUAAUGAUGUACUCUGAAAUUUUAGAUUUUCAUAAGAUUGGUGGAUCAGAUGGUCAAAUUGAUACUUCCGCUACUUUUGAUGAUCAAGUCGCCGCUGCAACUGCUGCUGCUGCUCAUGCUGCAGCAUUAGCUCAACAGCAUGCAGCUAAUGACCGAAAUGAUAUAAGUUCUCAAGGAAAGUCAAAUAAUCAGUCUUCUCUUUCUGCCGCUAAUGAUGCUAUUGCAAGUUAUGGUAACCAAGCAGUUCAUUAUGCAAAUGAAUUUAGACAAUAA